CCACGCCCACCAGAGAGAUUUAAGCCACGUCUUUGGCUCCGGCGCUGUUAUUUGGUUUCCUGCAGCUAAGAAGCGGAAGUACUUGGUGAAGUGGCAUCUACUACAUCCAUAAUGAAUAAUAGCGGUUAUAGCAAACCAGGAAAAACUUUCCUUUUCACAUCGGAAUCUGUCGGUGAAGGUCACUCUGAUAAAAUGUGUGAUCAAAUAAGUGAUGCUGUCUUAGAUGCCUAUCUUUCCCAAGACCCUGACUCCAGAGUUGCAUGUGAAUGUGUGGCUAAGAUGGGUAUGAUCCUGCUUUGUGGAGAGGUGACUUCAAAGGCAGUAGUUGAUCUUCAGAAAGUGGUCAGAGACACUGUGAAGAGUAUUGGAUACGAUGACUCAUCCAAAGGUUUUGAUUACAAGACCUGCAAUGUGCUUGUGGCCUUGGAGCCACAAUGUACUGAGAUUAGCGACUGUGUGUUUGAAGGUCGCAAUGAGGAGGACAUUGGUGCUGGUGAUCAGGGUUUAAUGUUUGGCUAUGCAACAGAUGAGACGGAGGAAUGCAUGCCGUUGACCAUCCUCUUGGCUCAUAAGCUCAAUUAUAAGAUGAAAGAGCUGUCACGGAAUGGAGAGUGUCCCUGGAUACUACCUGACUGUAAAUCACAGGUUACAGUGGAAUACUGUGAUAACAAGGGAGCUAUGGAGCCAAUUCGAGUUCACACAGUGGUCAUCUCAGUCCAGCAUAAACCUGACAUUACAUUAGCUGAAAUCCGACAGAAUCUGAUGGAAAAAGUGGUCAAAGCAGUUAUCCCAGCCAAGUACCUGGAUGACAGAACUAUAUAUCACCUGCUGCCAAGUGGAAAAUUCCUAAUGGGUGGCCCACAGGGAGAUGCAGGUCUUACAGGCAGAAAAAUCAUUGUUGACACAUAUGGUGGCUGGGGUGGUCAUGGCGGUGGCGCCUUCUCUGGGAAAGACUGCAGCAAAGUGGAUCGUUCUGGAGCUUAUGCUGCCCGCUGGGUGGCCAAAUCACUUGUAAAAGCCAAGCUAUGCAGAAGGGUACUAGUACAGAUCUCAUAUGCCAUUGGCAUAAGCCAUCCUUUGUCAAUCUCAAUUUUCCAUUAUGGGACAUCCACCAGGGAUGAAGAUGAGCUUCUGGAAAUUAUUCAGAAGAAUUUUGACUUAAGACCAGGGGUAAUCGUCAAAGAGCUUGGUCUGAAAAAACCCAUUUUUCAGAAAACUGCCAGCUUUGGACAUUUUGGAAGAGAGGAAUUUCCCUGGGAGAAGGCAAAGAAAUUGGUGUUUUAGUGUUUCAGUUAUAACCAAGAAAAAAUUCUUUGACUGCAGCAAUCUAAAUUAAUGCAUAAUAUCAGUGGAGUUUCAUCUGAAGUGGCUGUUUUCAGUUGAAGUGGUUUAGACUGAGGAAGGGAAUCCUUCUUUCUCUACAUUUCACAGGCAUUCUGAUGAUUGUUUCUUAAUUCACAAAUUUUGGAGCAAAAAUGAGAAAUUGUUAAAUGAUAUGAUAGAUAGCACCACUUUAAUAUGAAAUUAAAGUGCUUGCUGUAUUGUUUGAAUCUAAUGUACAUUAUGUACUAAUCAUUCAAUAUGUAAUCAUACAAUAUGCUGAAAUUGCACAGAAUUAUUAUAAAAAAGGACAAUAUUAUAUAGUGAUGUGUCUAAAAAUAAAUCCAAAAUAUAAUAAACCUAAAAAAAAAUGCAUAUUCAAAAAGAACCAGAUUUUUUAAGAAAACAAAUAUUUAAUAUUCCACAUUUCCUUAAAAACAAUAACAUAAAAUUGUUUUGAAAAUUGAGUUAAUGUGUGUAAAUGCUCUGUUCACACAAGGAUAGACAGUUUGCCUUGUGCCAUGUAAAUUAACUCAUUUUUAUAGUACCCCUCAAGAGUUCCAGUGAUUUCAUGAACUUUUCUGUCACUUCCACACUCCACCACUGAGUGUCAGUAAAGACUGAAAAAAUGCAUGGGCAUGUAUGGUUGCCACUUGAACUGGCUCAUUGGUGUUUAUUGAUGAUGUAACUGCUAAUAGAAGUAGCAGGAUGAAUUCUGAA